UGUGUUGAAGCUCAAAGAGUAUUUUGUUAGAAAUAUGUCGGGGUUUGAUCAGGCAGAAAUAUAUGUUAGCGACCCAUUUGGAUCUGAGGAUCAACAAGAUGAUAGGGAAAUUAACAGACUGGCAUCUAAGAAAAAAUUUAAAGAGUUUUUGAGAGAAUAUCAUGAAGGAACCUUUGCUUACAAAUACCGUGAUCAACUAAAGCAGCAUUAUAAYCUGGGACGAUACUACUUGGAGGUUGAGAUAGAAGACCUCGGCAGUUAUGAUGAAAUUCUUGCAGAUAAACUUGGUAAAAACCCUACAGAACUUCUACCACUGUUUGAGGAAGCUGCAAGAGAAGUUGCAGAUGAUAUCACAAGACCCAGGCCACAGGGUGAUGAGGACGUACAGGACAUCCAGAUUAUGCUACGGUCAGGCUCAAACCCAUUGCAAGUUAGAGAACUUAGGUCAGAGCACAUGGCCAAGUUGGUCAAAAUCCCAGGUAUCAUUAUAAGUGCAUCAGCUAUACGUGCCAAGGCAACAAGUAUCUCCAUCCAGUGUCGCUCAUGUCAGAAUACCAUCAAUAACAUUCCUUUAAAGCCUGGWUUGGAGGGAUAUGCCAUGCCAAGGAGAUGCCCAAGUGACCAAACUGGACGCCUUCCUUGUCCAYUKGACCCUUUCUUCAUCAUGCCUGACAAAUGUAAAUGUGUAGACUUCCAAGUUCUGAAACUUCAAGAAUCACCAGAUGCAGUUCCCAAUGGUGAAAUGCCAAGGCACAUGCAGCUAUACUGUGACAGAUAUCUCACUGAGAGGGUUGUCCCUGGUAACAGAAUUACUGUCAUGGGAAUAUUCUCUAUCAAAAAAAUCAUGCAAAAAUCCAACAAGUCAACAGACACUGUAGGUGUUGGUAUCAGAAAGCCCUAUCUUAGGGUUGUAGGCAUCUCUGUGGAUACUGAUGGACCAGGGCGUACUUCAGGAAGUACAGGUGUGACAUCUGAUGAAGAAGAAGAGUUCAGAAGGUUGUCUAAAAGACCAGAUGUUGCAAAUGUCAUUGCAAGAAGCAUUGCUCCAUCUAUCUAUGGAUGCGAUGAUAUCAAGAAGGCUAUUGCUUGUCUUUUGUUUGGAGGAUCUCGCAAAAGACUUCCUGAUGGGUUGACAAGAAGAGGGGAUAUCAAUGUGUUACUGCUUGGUGACCCAGGUACUGCAAAGAGUCAGCUUCUUAAAUUUGUGGAGAAGGUUUCACCAAUUGGAGUCUACACAUCUGGUAAAGGCAGUAGUGCUGCAGGACUGACAGCUUCUGUCAUGAAAGACCCAGUGUCACGUAAUUUUGUGAUGGAGGGUGGGGCCAUGGUAUUAGCUGAUGGUGGAGUUGUCUGCAUUGAUGAGUUUGACAAGAUGCGUGAAGAUGACAGGGUAGCCAUUCAUGAAGCCAUGGAACAACAGACAAUCUCUAUUGCUAAGGCUGGAAUUACAACAACUCUCAAUUCACGGUGUGCAGUCCUUGCUGCUGCUAAUUCAGUAUUUGGACGUUGGGAUGACACUAAAGGAGAAGAAAAUAUUGACUUCAUGCCUACAAUCCUGUCACGGUUUGAUACCAUUUUCAUUGUAAAAGAUGAACACAAUCAAGCAAAAGAUAUGCAUCUUGCAAGACAUGUGAUGCAAGUGCAUCUUAAUGCUGCUCAGACUACACAAUCUCUGGAGGGUGAACUAAGUCUAAAUUUCUUAAAAAAGUACAUAUCGUACUGCAGAAGCAAAUGUGGACCCCGGCUAUCAGAAAUAGCAGCAGAGAAACUAAAGAAUCGUUAUGUAUUGAUGCGAGGUGGUGCCCGAGAUCAUGAGAGAGACACAGAAAAGAAAAUUAACAUUCCCAUCACUGUCAGACAACUUGAAGCUAUCAUCCGAAUUUCUGAAUCGUUGGCAAAAAUGGCUCUUGUGCCAUUUGCUAGUGAAGCUCAUGUUGAUGAAGCAUUGAGACUGUUUCAAGUAUCAACACUAGAUGCAGCUAUGUCGGGAAGCCUUGCAGGAGCUCAAGACUUUACCCCAGAACAAGACAUCCAGGAGGUUCGUCAAAUUGAGAAACAAAUCAAAAGAAGAUUUGCCAUUGGAACUCAGGUUUCAGAGCAAAGAAUUAUAGCUGAUUUCCUGAAACAGAAUUACUCUGAACGCGCCAUACAAAUGGUGUUGUAUUUGAUGAUAAGACGAGGUGAAAUUGAGCACAGACUGCAACGCAAGGUUCUUUACCGUGUGCGAUAAAAUACUCCAUCAAACCAGAAAACAAAUCAACAUAAAGAAGUAUGAAUGAAGAUGAAAAUGCAUGUCUUCUGUUGUUCCUGAAUCUAUUGUAUAUGCCCAUAACAUGAAACUUCAGACAAUAAAACUAACUUGAGCCGAAA